UUCAUAAAAAGUUGAACAUAACCUAUAAUCAAAACAUAGUAUGCAUGUAUAACCUUAUUUUUAAAUAGUUGAAAUUAGUUGUUCAUCAUGGAAAUUGAAGAAAUUGAAAAGAAGCGAUUAUUAUGUCGCUUUAAAUCGGAAGCAGGGGAAUUCCUAGGGGAUACAAUGGACCUUCCUUUGGAUUGUACAGCAGAACAACUUUCCCUCAUCUGUAAUGCUCUCUUGCAAAAUGAUGAGAAAACUCCUUUUUUGUUUUUUGUUGACGAAAAAGAAAUACAAAAGGACCUGCAAUCAUCCUUGAAUAUUAACCUUUUAAAUACAGAAUCAGUAUUGGAAAUUGUAUAUCAGCAACAAGCAGUCUUUCGUGUGAAGCCUGUAACACGCUGCACGAGUUCAAUACCAGGUCAUGCUGAAGCUGUUAUAUCAGUUAGCUUUAGUCCUGAUGGAAAACACUUAGCUAGUGGUUCUGGAGAUACCACAGUUAGAUUUUGGGACAUUUACACUCAAAAUCCUUAUUAUACCUGUAAGGAACAUUCAAACUGGGUGCUCUGCAUUUCUUGGUCCCCAGACAGUUCUAAACUUGCAUCUGCAUGUAAAAAUGGUAAGAUUGUACUUUGGGACCCUGAUUCUGGCAAGCAAAUUGGCAAAACAUUAGUGGGACACAAGCAGUGGAUAACUUCUCUCUGCUGGGAACCUUUUCAUAAUAAUCCAAACUGCAGAUAUUUGGCAAGUUCUUCAAAGGAUGGAGAUGUAAGGAUUUGGGACACAACUCUUUUUAAAACAGAACGUGUUAUAAGUGGUCAUACAAAAGGUGUUACAGUUGUGAAAUGGGGUGGCUCAGGCCUUAUGUACACAGCAUCCCAGGACAGAACAGUUAAAGUGUGGAGGGCAAGUGAUGGUAUAUUAUGUAGGACAUUAGAGGGUCAUGCUCAUUGGGUUAAUACUUUAGCAUUAAAUACAGAUUACAUCCUUAGAAUAGGACCUUUUGAUCCAAUAAGUCAUAAAGACAUAAUGAUAGAAAAAAGUAAAGAAGAACUGCAACAGUUUGCUCUGGAAAGGUACCUAAAUGUUGCUAAAGUUUGUGGAGAAAGACUAGUCUCAGGAUCAGAUGAUUUUACAUUAAUAUUGUGGAAUCCUGAAAAGGAAAAGAAACCUGUUGCAAGACUUACAGGUCAUCAACAGCUUGUAAAUGAUGUGAAGUUUUCUCCUGAUUGCAGAAUCUUCGCGUCUGCCUCAUUUGACAAAUCUAUAAAAUUAUGGAAUGGAAUGACUGGGAAAUUUAUUACUACCUUAAGGGGACAUGUUCAAGCUGUUUAUAUGAUAGCAUUUUCAGCAGAUUCUAGAUUAAUGGUUAGUGCUGGUGCUGAUUCUACAUUGAAAUUAUGGAAUUUAAAAACCAAAAAAUUACAAAUUGAUCUUCCUGGACAUGCUGACGAAGUUUAUGCUGUUGAUUGGUCAACAGAUGGUUCGCGAGUUGCUUCUGGGGGUAAAGAUAAGGUUUUAAAAUUAUGGCAAAACUAAAACUUUCAACAUUUUCUUUUAGUAACAUUAAAAUACUUUAGAUAACUAAAAUUUACUGUUUAACACUUGAUUAAGGCUUUUAAUCAAGGGUUAAACUUGUGCUACUUUUUUUCAAGCAUUAGUUUCAUAAUUUCUUAGGGAUAAUUAUAAACUGUAUGUAAUUGGUAACUGUUGUUAUUUCAUUUUAAUGUUUC